UAUGUUUUGGUCCUGAAUUCUCUCUGCUUGUGUGUGUGAUUUACUACGCGCAGCACUGAACGCAUCGCAAAAUCUAGUAAUUUCUUAGGCAAUUGUCAACCUGCUUGAAAGCCUACUCCCUUUCAUAAUUAUUGGGAUUACAAUUAUUGCUGCAAUCAGACUAGUUCUGACUGCCUACGUACAGUAAUUCUCGGGCAUUCCCCGUCAUGACCUAGCCCGCCCCUCUGGUUGAAUGGAUGGGAAACCUCAUUAGUUCAACCAUAGAUUCUCUGCCGUGAACGUCGUCUGUAAUCUGUUAUCAUUUUUGGGUUUACUUCGAUGACGGAUCUGUGUAUUCUGUCGUUACAUUUGAUGAACUAUUGUCCAUCUGGUAAAUAAACGAGCAACGGCAAUACACUGGUUGGUACGCGUUAGGGCUUAGGCCAUGGGGGGAAGCAAGAGCAAGCCCAAAGACGCAGGCCUUCGGACACGGAGUCUUGAUGGUAACAUCAGUUUAGGAGGAGGGGGUGGCGGCUACAACAUCAGCCCCGCCCAGCACACCCUCACGCCCAAUCUGAGUCCAGCAGUGGGCGGAACACGCCGGUCCACUCAGCCGUUGAUUAAUACCCCUGAGCUGGCCCUGUUUGGGGGAGUGGAGUCCGCCAAUAGCGUCACGUCUCCUAACAGAGGGACACUUGCAGGAGGUGUGACGACGUUCGUGGCGCUGUAUGACUACGAGUCUCGCACUGCCUCCGAUCUGUCUUUCAGGAAGGGGGAGCGGCUACAAAUAGUAAACAACAUGAGAAAGUUGAACAGCAGAGAAGGGGACUGGUGGCUGGCUCGCUCUCUGACCACUGGAGAAAGUGGUUACAUCCCCAGCAAUUAUGUGGCUCCUUCCGACUCCAUCCAGGCAGAAGAUCAUCUCAGAUUGCCUAUGGCUUCCAGGUGGUAUUUUGGCAAGAUCACACGUCGCGACUCGGAGAGGCUCCUCUUGAGUUUGGACAACAGGAGAGGGAUGUUCCUGGUGAGAGAGAGUGAGACCACCAAAGGUGCCUACUGUCUGUCAGUCCUGGACUAUGACAACACUAAAGGGCUGAAUGUGAAACACUACAAGAUUAGAAAGCUGGACAGUGGAGGGUUCUACAUCACCUCACGCACUCAGUUUAACAACAUACAGCAGCUGGUCACACACUACCACAAGCAUGCAGAUGGACUGUGCCACUGUCUGACGGAGGUAUGUCCCGUACUAAAGCCACAGACCCAGGGCCUGGCCCGCGAUGCCUGGGAGAUCCCCAGGGACUCCCUAUGCCUUGACCUCAAACUGGGACAGGGAUGCUUCGGAGAGGUCUGGAUGGGCACGUGGAACGGGACAACGCGGGUAGCGGUCAAGACCCUGAAGACAGGUACCAUGUCCCCCGAGGCAUUCCUUAUGGAGGCCCAGGUCAUGAAGAAGCUGAGACAUGAAAAACUGGUUCAGCUGUAUGCCGUGGUGUCUGAAGAACCUAUCUAUAUUGUCACGGAGUACAUGGGACAAGGAAGCUUGUUGGACUUCCUGAAGGGAGACAUGGGCAAGAUGCUCCGCCUUCCUCAGCUGGUUGACAUGGCCUCACAGAUUGCCUCAGGAAUGGCGUAUGUAGAGAGGAUGAACUACGUCCACAGAGACCUCAGGGCUGCCAACAUUCUAGUGGGAGACAACUUGGUUUGUAAAGUGGCUGACUUUGGACUGGCCCGUCUCAUAGAGGACAAUGAGUACACUGCCAGGCAGGGAGCAAAGUUCCCCAUCAAGUGGACGGCUCCUGAAGCUGCACUGUAUGGCCGCUUCACCAUCAAAUCAGACGUCUGGUCGUUCGGGGUCUUACUGACAGAACUGGCCACCAAGGGGAGAGUACCAUAUCCAGGCAUGGUGAAUCGUGAGGUGUUGGACCAGGUGGAGCGUGGUUACAGGAUGCCUUGUCCUGCUGAGUGCCCUGACUCCCUCCAUGACCUCAUGCUCACCUGCUGGAGGAAGGACGCUGAGGAGAGGCCCACAUUCGAGUACCUGCAGGGCUUCCUGGAAGACUACUUUACCUCCACUGAGCCACAGUACCAGCCCGGGGAGAACCUUUAGUCGAGAACCUGAGCAUCAUUCUGCCUGUUGCCAUGUCUACGGUACAUCCCACUAUUAUAUUGGGAGCUCAUCAGUGACAAGUGAAGAAACAGGUUUUUUCUUUUUCUUUUGUAUUACAUCUUUCUUUAUACGCCUGUCUUUGUACCACUUUUACUUUGUUUCCAUCUUUUUACGAAACCAUGCUUAUUGGUACUACAUCUGACUGAGGAACUGCCAGAGGAACAUGGUUGAAAACAAGCUUUGUUUGUGGUGCGUUCAGUACGMUUUUUACUUUCUGGAACGUUCAAUUGAAUGGAAACGGUACUGAACGUCCAGUUGAAAAACGUGGUGMGGUUGGGUUGGGGAACGCUAUUAGCAUGGCCACUGCCCUUUUAAAUACGUCACUCAUUGCGUCAAGCCACACGCAGCAAACGUACCUCAAUAUCUGUUCAAGAAGGUACAAGAACAUUUUGGGGAAACGUGUAGUUCAGUACAAACUGUUCCGCAAACGUUUAAGUAAACUGAACGCACCUCAGGUUUCAUCUUCCUCAUUUCAGAAUAAGAGAGCACCUUUUUAUAUAGCCUCUAAAGGUGCCACUGAUUCUAUUUCUGCUAUGAAAAAUUGCAUUAAUCAAUCAUACGUUAACAUGUCGAAMUCUUUCCUACUCUUAAGGCGGGGAGACUGGCUUGCGAACUGAAGGUCAGUGUUUUUAUAGAAGACAGCUGAUGUACAGUGCUGUGGUACAGCAUGGUUUCUAUGUUACUGUGGCAAGAAGACUUGCAUCAAGAAUAUGAACUGGGUAUUGUGGUACUGUAGAGCUUCUUGAGUGCUAAGAUUUCAUAAACCACUAGAAAUUCUACACUGUUUUCAUUGAAUUCUCAGACAUUGGCAUAGAUUAUUAAUCUGAGUUAUGUUUUCGGUCCUGUGAAUAUAUGGAGCAGCAGACUGACUAGUCUGUCGUCUUAAUCCUAAUCCUCAUUGUAUGAUCAUAUUGAUAAAACAAGGACGUCUCCAUUGGGUUCUUUGGCUCUUUUUCUCCUCAACCUAUGCAGUUUUUGGAUCUGUGAUAUUCCUUUGUAUAAUCUUUUUUACUGCAUUCUGUGGAAAAUGUAAGAAUUUCAGGCAAUAUUUUUUGCUAUUGUCUAAAUACUAUUGUAUAUUGUUUAAAAUUCAAAUGACAAUGUUGGAAUAAAAUGUGUACAUUGCAAACUAA